GCACAGAACACAACCCUCAUUUCUUUGUUUGAGUAGAGACUGAAGGGGGGGGGCCCAAGCGAGCUAAGGCAAGCCAGCCAGCCAGCCAUCGAGUGUGGAAGGGAGUUUAGUGGAGAGAAAGCUCACAACGCCGCCGAAUCCUGUGGAUUUAUCUUAGUUGGCACUAAAGUCCGCUCCCCAAAAAAGCAGCAAGAUUGGCCAUAUUUUUUUUCUUGCAAAUUUUCAUAUUUUGGUGCCCUUUUUGGAUUUUUUCCUUUCUUUUUUUCCUUCAUCGUCUUUUCCUUGUUGGGUUUUUAAUUAUUUUUAUUUUUUUUGGAAAAUUUACAUUUUUUCCUCCUCUCUUUCUGCCUCUUUCUCUCUCAAUUCUUCCCUCAGCCGAGCGAGGGGAGACCCUGACGAGCGGAGCCCCAUUGCCCCCUAAUCUUAGCAGUUCCCUUUCCUGCAGGAUUAGGUCCCACGCCAUGGCGGGAGCGUAGCCGUAACCCCCCGCCAGCCGUGCCUCGUGGGCCAGUACGCCGCAUGGGUCCGGUGUGGGGGGGGAGUCAACCCAUCAGAAAUUGGCAGCAGGCAAACCCCCACUUUGACCUCACUGAAGUACCGAUGUGAAAGAUGAUUGGCGGCUACGCAAAGGAGGACGUCGUGUGAUUGGCCGCCUUCAAGAAAAGAGAGCCAGCCUCAGCCACAAACGUUGUAUGUGGUUGUGACUGGAAGAGAGGCUAAACCAGAGGACACGCAGCCAGCAAGACACUGGGUGGGGGCACCCAUCGCUCCGAUCCUGGGGGGGUGGAGGGUGGGGCACCAAGACGCAUCCACUGCGGCAGAAGAGACUGGAUGCAUCGCACAGUGGAGCAGUUGGGGGUCCGUGCUGGACGGGACCCUUUCUCUCUCGGCAGCUUGGGCUGCAACGGAGCUUGGAGUCCGUGCCAUUCCCGCCCAUGGCUCCCGGGCGGCAGGUGCUCCGCCAGCGUGGGUCAGCCCCAGCUGCCCCCGCACCUGCCGCCCAACCACGGUGCUAACAUGGGGCAGCACAACAAAGGCUACUUCCCUUCAGGGAACCUGCCCCCAAGGCCUCUCCAUGGAAAGCUGGAGGCCAUCCACGGCUGCGUCCAGGCUCUGCUCCGGGACCAGGGCCAGCCGCAGCUCUGGGAACAACUGGGUGAGAUUUACGAGUCGGAGCAGGACUGUGAAGAGGCCGUGCACUGCUAUCAGAAUGCGGCCCGGUACCAGCGCGACUAUGGGAGCUAUGGCGAGAUGCACGCCCGGAUUGGACGCCUUCAGCAGGCUCAGCUGUGGAAUUUCCACUCCGGUUCAUCUCAUCACCGGUCAAAGGCGUUGCCUCCUCUGCAACAGGUCUGGAACCUCCUGCACCUUGAGAAGAGGAACUUCCCCGGGAAGCGCAACCCCCAGCUGAAGAGGCCUGGUCCCCCCAUGGAGCCCCCCGUGGUGCAGCCGAUCCCCCCGGUCCAGCACCCUCCCCACUCGGGGCACGCCGAGGAGAUGCCCGCCCCCAUGAAGAGACGGAGGAGCUCCAGCCCGGACCAGAACGGGAACGGGCUUGGCCACCACCCGCCGGGGCCCGGCAUCCCCGGCAACCCCCAUUACCAGCUGCCUAAACCGGGACUGUGGAACCCGCUCCACGGAGACUCCUGGGGACAAGAGCGCAAGAAUGUGGCUGCCCCAGAGAGACAAGAGCAGAGGAACUCGGUGGCUCAUCCCUUCCCGUACCCGUCUCCCGCCUAUGGUUCCCACCCACCCCCUCACCGCCCUUCGGCUAUGGCGCCCAGCCCUCGCACACCGCCAGCACACCGCCCGUCCUUGGAGAGCCAUGGCUGCCUGGCCCGGCCCAACGGAAGUGACCUUAGAGACAGCCGGGUCCCCCGGGCGCGUCCGGACUCCACCGCCACACCAGCAACCGUUGCCUGCGUGCCUUACGCCCCGCGCCCGACCCCGGGAGGCCCACCCGCCACCAGCAAGACCACCUCGCGAGGGCAGCCACCCCUUGACAGCCUUGGGUCUGAUCAUUACCAAACACCGGCACUGGACCAGUCCUGUCCUGCCCAGGAGAGCGGAGGCCGCAAACAUCCUCCUCCGCCGCCGCCACCACCGCGACCAGCGCCCUGCCUUGCCCCCCGCAACAUGCCCUGUGCUCGCAUGCCGCCUCCCCCCACCAUCACGAGAGGGCCUCCAGCACCAGUGGUUGCACGGCCCCCACCCACCACCCCACAGUGCCCCCCGCCCCCUCCACCACCCCCACCCCCACCACCCCCUCCACCCCCGCCUCCUAUGCCCUGGAUGAAAGGGCCGGCGGCAUUUGGCAGCAAGGCUGGAGAGGAAGAAGCUAACAGUGACCCUCUGAGUGAUAUUUUGUUUGGAUGUGGGGAACCCCGCCGGGAGGAACCUCCACUGCUGGCAGCUUGUGAGGCGGGGCGCAGUUUCCAGGAUUCCAACACCAGCAGUCAGAAGGGGUCUUUCUCUCUCCCCCGAGAAGAGCCAGUGGAGAAGUCCAGCCCCCUGAGAUCAGCCAGCCCCGUGCCCUCUCCACCCCAUGAAUUCUGGCUGCCCGAAAGUGGCCAGGAAGAGAAAGGUUCCAGCGGCACCCCAGCGCUGACCCCAAGCCCCUCGAUUACCUCAGGAACCUUCCGGUCGCCAGAGAGCCCUCCUCAGCCACCAGCGCUGCCUCCGCAGCCCCCACCGUCACCCCCGCAGCCGCCUCGGGCCUCCUAUCCAAAGACACCUGAGCCGCCCGAGGUGCCUCCGGCCCCAGAGGCCGCCCCAGAACGCCUCUUCGGCUUCGCCAGCCCUCCGCUGGAGCACCAGUUUGAGGAGCCCCCAGAAUUCUCCAAGAUCCUACCGGAUGGCCUGGCGAACAUCAUGAAGAUGCUGGACGAGUCAAUCCGGCGCGGGGAGGAAGAGCGUGAAGAGAGCUUCCCACCGCCACCACCCUCAGCCCCGCUUCUGCCAAGCCCCCCGCCUUUGGCGAGACCGAAGCCUCCACCAUCCUCCUCCUCCUCCUCCUUUGAUUACCCCAAGCCGUCCGGGCAGGAUCCACCAGAGCCUCCCUGCCUGUACCGCUUCGGCAAACGUGAUGCAGAGGAGAGGCCCCCUCCGACAGCAGUGGUUGCGGCAGCAACGGGAGGAGGAGGAAAUACUACUAGUAGUAGUGGAGGAGCAGGCAGCAGGAAGUUCCCUCACCACAGCACUGCCUCUCUGCUGAAGUCUUUGGCCAAUGUGCUGGAGGGGCAGAAGCACUCCUAUCGGCCAAAACCUCUGACCCCACCAGGUGCUAAGAUGCCUCCUCUGGCUGCCGCCAGCCAGAGCACUGUGCCGCAUUUCUCUACCUCAAGCCAACCCUGGGUCGGAGGAGCUGGGACGGUGGCUGAGCGGGUGACCACCCCUCCACCCCCGCCCCCAACCCGGCCAAUCAAGACGGAAUCAGAGGUGCUGGAAGAAAUCAGUCGAGCGUGCGAGACCCUUGUGGAGCGAGCAGAGAGGGAGAAGACCCCUCCGCCGCCCGCCACCCCGCAGCCACCACCACCACCCUCGCCUCCUCCUACUCCUCCCCCUCCUUCCCCUGUCCCCCCUCCUCCGGUCAGGGCCCCCACACCACCGCCCCCUCCACCUCCUCCCACCCCGCGACCCAAGGAUGAGUCUCGGAAACGGGACCGCGAGCACCGUCGACACCGCCGCUCCGGGAAGGACGGGUCUCGGCGGCACCGGGAAGGCAAGGCCCACAAAGAGAAGAACCGGCAGAUCCUGGGCAGCUUAGAUGUCCAGAGCAGCGAGAGCCAGGCGCGGGAGAAUGGGGCCAAGCCGCCGCCGCCUCCCCCACCAUUGCCGUCUCUGCCGUUGCCGCCACCACCGGUCCCCCAACCCGAGCGGAAGCCCACCAUCAAGAAAGACGAGGGGGUGCUCAGCACAACGGGCUCCACAGUCGUGUGCUCGGCUGACCUACUCAAGCUGCGCUCCUUAACCGAGGGGCCUCCGAAAGAGCUGAAGAUCCGCCUCAUCAAAGUGGAGAGUGGCGACAAGGAGACCUUCAUCGCCUCCGAGGUGGAGGAACGCAGGAUCCCCUUGGGGGAACUCACCAUCAACCAUUCGGCUGCGGAAGUGGUGCGGGCCAGCAAGCAUGCCAAGGUAAAAGGGAAAUUCAAGGAGUCUUACCUGUCGCUCAGCAACUCCGUCAAACCUCAGAUCAACAUGGAUGAAAAGCUCCCGCGGGAUAAGCUCAACCCUCCAACUCCGAGCAUCUAUCUGGAGAGCAAGCGGGACGCUUUCUCUCCCGUCCUCCUGCAGUUCUGCACGGACCCCAAGAACCCCAUCACCGUCAUCCGGGGUUUGGCAGGAUCUCUCCGUCUCAACCUGGGCCUCUUCAGCACAAAGACCCUGGUGGAGGCCAGCGGGGAGCACACCGUCGAAGUCCGCACGCAGGUGCAGCAGCCAUCGGACGAGAACUGGGACCCCUCGGGGACGAAGCAAGUCUGGCCCUGCGAGAGCAGCCGGUCGCACACCACCAUCGCCAAGUACGCCCAGUACCAAGCGGCCUCUUUCCAGGAGUCACUUCAGGAAGACAAAGAGACUGAUGACGAGGAGACUGAUGAACCGGACAGCACAACGGAGACACCGCCGCCAAGCAACCCUGACCAGAAACCACACCAUAUUAUCAAAUUCGGGACCAACAUCGACCUCUCGGAUGCCAAGCGGUGGAAACCACAGCUGCAGGAGCUGCUGAAGUUGCCAGCUUUCAUGCGGGUCACAUCGACAGGAAACAUGCUGAGCCACGUGGGGCACACCAUCCUGGGCAUGAACACGGUGCAGCUCUACAUGAAAGUGCCCGGCAGCCGCACCCCAGGUCACCAGGAGAACAAUAACUUCUGCUCCGUGAACAUCAACAUUGGUCCGGGAGACUGCGAGUGGUUUGCUGUCCAUGAGCAUUAUUGGCAGAACAUCAGCGCCUUCUGUGAAAGGCAUGGUGUGGACUACCUAACUGGCUCGUGGUGGCCCAUCCUGGAGGACCUUUACCAGUCCAACAUCCCGGUCUACCGCUUCAUCCAGCGGCCCGGGGACCUUGUGUGGAUCAACGCAGGGACGGUGCACUGGGUCCAGGCCACCGGGUGGUGCAACAACAUCGCCUGGAAUGUCGGCCCAUUGACAGCGUACCAGUACCAGUUGGCGCUGGAGCGCUACGAGUGGAACGAGAUCAAGAACGUGAAGUCCAUUGUGCCCAUGAUCCAUGUCUCUUGGAAUGUGGCCCGCACGGUCAAGAUCAGCGACUCCGACUUGUACAAAAUGAUCAAGUAUUGUCUGAUGCAGUCAAUAAAGCACUGUCAGGUCCAGCGCGAGAGCCUGGUGCGGUCCGGGAAGAAGAUUGCUUACCAGGGCCGAGUGAAGGACGAGCCGGCCUACUACUGCAAUGAGUGUGACGUAGAGGUCUUCAACAUCCUCUUCGUGACGAGCGAGAACGGGAGCAAGAACUCCUACCUGGUGCACUGCGAGGCUUGCGCCCGCAAGCGCAACAACUCCCUCCACGGCGUGGUGGUGCUGGAGCAGUACAAGACGGAGGAGUUGAUACACAUCUACGACAGCUUCACCCUGGCUGCAUCGCCCAGCUCCAGAUGAGCCAUACCCUGCCCGGACACAGCCAGAGGUCUGGGCUCCUCUUUCCUCCCGGCCGGCCUGCCAGCGAGCAGCUCCUCUGCCUUUUGUCUGACGACAGCAGCAGCAGCAGCGUUGGGGGUGAGGCGGAGGGGUGCCCCCAGCCGGCCCCCUUCUUCUCCCCUUCUCCUCUCCCUCCCUCCCUCCUUUCAGAGCAGCUGAGCCUCCAACCUCCACUCACUCCGGCUCCUCUCUCUUGGGCUGGAGUGACACAACAGAACCGGAAUAAUAACCCAGACGUUCCAACCAUGGAUCCCUUUUUAAUUUAUUCUUUUUGUUUUUUGAGAUGAACUCUUUCUUCUUCUUCUCCUCCUCCUUUUUCUUCUUCUCCCCCUCUGUGGGUGGUGCUGAUUUUGUAUUAAAAGAGAGAAAAAAAAACAAUGAUAAAAAAAUAAUAAUAAGGGCAGCAAAAAUAGAUUGGAAAGGCAACGGGCGUUUUCUCUCCCUCCCGUCGGUCGGUUCCGCAUCGGACUCCUCCGCCUCCGCUCGCUCGCCUGUCGUGCCUGGUUUUCCCCUCGGACUGCGGCGCAUCAGGAGCCCCGAGGCACGGAUGACAAGGAAGUGGCGGAAGGAAGGAAGGAAGGAAGGGUUUCUUUCACAAGAGCAUUAAUUUCCUCUUUUCUCUCUGAUUCCUUCUCCUUGGACUCGGGAGAGCAAAACAGUGGAGCAGAGAGAUGGAUUCCUUGGCGGGGAGGGUGUGUGUUUUGGUUUGGUUUCUUUUUCGAUUGCAUUUCUUUUCCUUGUUGGAACUUUACAAAAAGAGAGUUUUUUGGAAAAACACAGAACGCAAGCAAGCAAAAAAAAAAAUUUAAUACGGGUUUCUUAACACAGGACUUUUAUGGGUUCAGUUCUCUCUGGGCAAACUUCUCACUUGGGAGGCGGCGGCGGCGGGAGAAGUGUGUACAUGGAUUUAUAUAUAUCGGGCGGGGUGGGGAAAAGGGAGACCUGUUGCGCGUGUGGUUUUUAAUUAUUCCGAUGGACAUUUUGAUUUCUUACAUCCUUUUAUAUAUUAUAUAUAUAAAUAUAAGGGAAAACGAAAAAAGUUUCCUGGUUUGUAUUAGAAACUGCUUUUAAAAAACGAAAACAGAAAACCGACAAAAAAAAUUAUUAUUAUAUUAUACACAGACACAGAGAGACACGGAAGUCCGGUUUGGCGCGAUGAGUUUUGGGAUUUUGGCCCUGUGCAAAGGAUAUGGUGCUCGCCCCAAAUAUAGACACACGGGUAGAUGGGAGAACCGGUUUGCAAAAAUGGGGGAACGACCUGCGGGAUUCGGCUCCUCCUGCCCUUCUUCUGCCGCUUGAUCCCCUCUUCGUGCCAUUUGGGGAAGGGGCAAACUAACCGCGGACCCUUAACGCUCUAGCUAACUUUCACCCUCCUGAUCUAACGAAAGACACCCUCAAUGUUUCCUCUUUAGCGGAUGACACGAUUUCCACCUUAACUCUUAACCCAUUUCUAAAGCCUCCCGUUCCCUCGUUCUGCAUGCUUUUCGCCUCCCGGUUCAUUUUGCAAACAAAUGUCGCAGAUUUGGGGUAAUUUUCUUUCUUUUUUUCCCCCCUCUCCUCCUUUCCAAAUAAUGCGUACCUCCAUGCCUCAGAAUUGUUUUGCAAUUUGUAAAUGUUCAGUGUCUUGAUCUCUCUUUUUUUCAAUCUCGCUCUUUCUCUCUCUCCCUUUUUUUUAAUUUAUAUGUCUUUUUUUUGGUAAUGAUUUCUCUAUUUAUUGGUCCUUUCAUGGGGUUUGAUCCAGCUUUUUUUUUUUAAAAAAAAAGGAAAGAAAUAACUUUUUACAAUGUUAAUGUAUCUCUGUUUUUAAGUGUCUCCUCUUUCGUUGUUAUUGUCGUCGUUUCUUUUACUCUGGAAUUUUUAUUGAAUUUCUAAAUGUUUUAUUAUUAUUAUUAUUAUUGUUGUUUUUCCCGUCUUGUAACAUUUUCCUUAACAUGAUGGUGCUCAAGUUUUCUCGCCGCCGGGAAAAGGAGGCGAGCCAAGCUUUCGUCGCCCCGGUUCAUCUGUUGAUUUCCAUUUCGAACACAGCUUCUCCCGGCCCGACAUUGUAAAAACCUCUUCCUUCCGAAACCUGCACUUUUGAAAUUCCCGAAUUCCCGAACCCCCCGGCCCCUCUUUCCCGACACAAACACACUGUAAUUGAAACAGACGACCAUCUAGCUACUCUGGAAACAAAGAUACACAGAAAUGGAUUCUUAUUGUACUGUAGGGGACAAGGAGAAAGCAAAUCUUAUUUUGUAAAUGUAAAAAAAAAUUAAAUUAACUCACAGAGAUAAAAGAAA